AUGAAGAGCUUCGUUCUACUCCCCUUAAUUGCCGCGAUCGCGGUUGCUGUUCCAACACCGCAGCCUAAGAACUUUGAGGCCGACCCAUUACUACAUGUUGGGAACUCUGAAGAGUCUUCGUACGCAGAGAAAAGGGCCAACUUUGAAGCCGACCCGUUACUACACGUGGGAAAUGCGGCUGAGUCUUCAUACGCAGAGAAGAGGGCUAACUUUGAAGCCGAUCCAUUGCUUCAUGUUGGAAACGCGGACGAAUCCUCAUAUGCUGAGAAGAGGGCUAAUUUUGAGUCGGACCCUGCGCUACAGGUCGGGGAUAGCGUUGAGUCUUCAUACGCUCAGUAA